GCGAGCGAGGGAGAGAGAGAGAGAGGGAGAGCGCUCGGUUAUUUCUCCCGGGCUCCGACCGAGCCUGUGUGGUCUGUUGAGCUGGGAUGUCCUCUCAUACACUGUUGCUAAGGAAAUGGAUGGCAUGAAUGGACCCGCUGAAUUCUCUUCCUCGCCCCCUCGUCAGCCUACUGUCUUUCAAUGUGUGACUGUGUGUGUUUACAGGAAUCACUGCGAACAACGUGACGCGUCAGCGCCAGCUCUGCACCAGCCGGGUCCAGUGGAGCUGCGGCUGAAGAACUGAGGAACUGGGGAUUUUGACUGGCAGUUGGAACGCCACCAAGGGAGGGGAGAGAGGCGGCUGGGCAGUGGGGUCGACGAGCCUGGCUGGCACUGGGUGAAUGCUGCCAGGCGAGGACAAGGGCUGAGGCGGCAGCAGCAUCGACUUUUAAAAGGAGCAUGGCAUCCACGGGCAUGCAGAUAUUUGGAUUUGUCCUGGCACUGUUGGGCAUCAUGGGUGCUAUGGUGGCCACUGUGCUGCCCAACUGGAAGGUCAGCGCAGAUGUGGGCUCCAACAUCAUCACAGCAAUCUCCCAGAUGCAGGGACUGUGGAUGGACUGCACAUGGUACAGCACAGGCAUGUUCAGUUGCACACUUAAGUAUUCGGUGCUUUCGCUACCUGCGUAUUUGCAGACUGCCCGCACCACCAUGGUGCUGUGCUGCGUACUGGCUGCCAUGGGCCUCUGCCUUGCAUCCCUGGGACUAAAAUGCACACGUUGGGGAGGUGGACGGCGCUCCAAGCGGCAUGCUGCGAUCGCCAGUGGUGGCUGCUUUGUCGCUGCAGGCUUUCUGUGUCUGGUGCCUGCUUCCUGGUUUACCAACGAGGUCAUCACCAACUUCCUGGACUCCAGUGUGCCCGAGAGCAAUAAGUUUGAGCCUGGCGGUGCUGUGUAUGUUGCCUUUGUUUCAGCAGGAUUCCUCUUCGUUGGGGGGUCCAUCUUCUGUAUGUCCUGCUCAGGGAAGAGGCAUGGCCCCCAGGACCUGGUUCUGCUCCCUCCCCCAGACAAAUUGCUGCUCCAGCAGCAGCAGCAACAGCUGCUCCAGCAGCAGCAGGAGCUCCAGCACCAGUACUGCUCUCUCUCCCCAUUAGACAAUAAGACUGGCUACAGCCUGCAGGACUAUGUGUAAUAAAGCAGCGCUGUGUACGCUACGGCUAAAGGGAGAUGAGCCUGAGGGGGAAACCAUCACGGCUUAUGCUAGACACUAGGCUCUAUUCUAGAUGGAGGUGGAGAAAAAAUGAGGGAGGAGGGCAACAACUUUGAAUUCAUUUUCCCCUUCUCCUCUAUCUGGCUCUUCUCCUUUUUUCUGUUUUGCAAGCACAAGCAGUGGAGGUAUUCCCUGAGCAGCACCUUGGAACAAACAGCGUGAAUGUGUAAGGAGCAAGGAUAAGGUGCUGCAGAAUCGAAGGAAGCCGCUAACCAAAUGCAGACAUCCUUCAUCAGUAAAUCACAGAAAGAGGUCCCUGGGGAAUGGAUUAAGCAAAUAAGGAGGGCUCCCGAGUAGAUUUUUUUUCCUCACCAAAGGUUUGAAUUGAAAUAAGAUUUUAAAAAAAGCAAUCAUUUAGCUGCUAUUUACAAUCGUUUGGUACACUCCCAUUUGACAAAAUAGGCAACAUAAUGCCUGAGAGCAGUAGGUGGAAGUCCUCUCAUAGCAAGCCAUUGUAGUUUUUCGUAUACUUAUCCACUAGAAUGCUACGUGGAACUGAAAUAAAUGGUCAUAUUUUUGUUAGCUACUAGAAUGAUGUUGAUAUUUUGCCUCUAAAGCAUGCUGUGUGGAGCCUGUCUGUGUAUUAAUACAGCGGAAUGCCUGGUAGAAGACUGAGACAUAGCCACACAAUGCCUGUGCCUGAAAAGCUGUAGAAACAUUACCCUGCUGUAACUGUUCAAAGAGGACUGUCAGGAGGAAUAGAUGUGGGCUGCUGGGCUGGACUGGAGACUGAAAAUGCAGACAAACAGAUGCCUGCUUCCUUCUCUGCAGGUGGAAAUAUGAGAGAGAUGGAGAGAAAACUGAUAGAAAAGGUCCAAUCCAUCAGCAGAGUGGACUAUCUCAUAUGCUGCUUUCAUUUUUCCAUCCAGACAAAAACAUCCUGCCUGUAAGUAGCAGCUACCCAUCCCAAUCCAUUCCUGCACGCCCUCAGACAUGCACACCCACACACUUACUCACGCUCUUGUGUGUCUUCGUGAACACAGUAAACACUCAGACACGCCGGCUUUAUGCAUGUGCUUUUCACUCCUGUCAUCCUCCUCCACACUGCCAUGGAAACAGAAUUCAGCAUUCAAAUAUCUUUAUUGUCUGGGGAUAUGUGCAUGUCAGUCAGUGAUUUGAAGUUGUUUGGGGAGGGGGGGUCUCUUUCCCUCGCCAUGGCUCCAUAAGCUUUAAUCAGAGCCUCUGCUCACACUACUUUCACUAAUCCCCUUUAUUAGUCGGUGACAUGAGGCAGCAUCCUUGUUUUGUGGUCAGAGGGUUUUUGGAAAAUGCUCUUCUCUGCUGCCCACUGCUGUGGUGUCCAUACCACGCGAGUAGUCUCACAGGGAUGAGCAGAUGUUUAAUGGUGCAGUGGCAGAGGAGCAAAAAAGAAGCAGAGUGGGAGAAGCUUCUUGAGUCAUGGUCGACUGGGUUGCUGUGUGGCAGGCAGCUAAAAAAGGUUUGAGUCAUUCUCCAUAUGUGACUUGUUUUCCAAGUGCGUCAGCAGUGCGCAUACGCUACCAGCAUGCACCUGCAGAAGGUCUCAGUGUCUUAAAUUGCGGCCACUUGGCUAUGCCACCGUUCCUCUGUUUCCUACCUGUCAGUCUGAUCUUUUUUUUUUACCCACUCCCUGUCCUGCUUGUGUCACAUGUCACAUGGAUUAUCACUGACAAGAGAACGCUGAUGCAUGUUGAAAGCAUGGCUGCCCAACACACAUACACGUCAGACACACAUAAACAAAACUCCCACCUACUCAUAUGUCAGCAGCACUGUAGCGCUUUUAAACGGCCGUGUACCAGAGUGUGUCUGUGUUUUUUCUGAGGGGAGGAUAUUGGAGGAAUAUUGUUUUUGGUGCUCGAGACAGGCCUUGGCAGUGAUGUAUAAAAAUGCACAUUCCCUCCUUCUCUCUCAUAAACAUGCAGCUUCCUGGGGGAGAGCAGAUGGCUAAGCCCAGCUCGCCACCUGCAGGCUGCUGCCUGCACGCUACGGGCAUCUCUGUGGGCACCACUGCCGGCCCUGGCAGCCCUCUAGGGUCAGGUUUCUACCCCACCCUGAGCUAACCAUCUUGUCCAGCACAGGCUUUAGCCGACAGAACUGGCCUCCUGACAAUAACUCACUGCCCAGGCACCAUAACCAAUGCAAUAAACAAAGUAAAGAAUGUGCCAUGUCAUCAACUAAUACUGACACGAUAUGUGUUUCGAGAAUGUGCCAAAUCGUCUCAUGAUGACACGUUUUAAUACUAUCUGGAGUUCUUUCUGUUUAUUUUUUUAUUGCGUUGUUUGUACAUGAAUUAUACAUUAGCAAAUGUUUUAUGGAUUUGUGAUUUGUUCUGCCAGAUUAAGUCUCAAGUCGACUGGAUGCUUGUGUACAGUCCAGUGCAGCUUUCGAGGGUUAUUUUAAAUCCUCUUUAUUCCUCAUUUCCCAAAGCACAGCAAGACUUCACUGGGCAUGAGAGUUUCAUUGGGAAGA